GUAAUCAGGUGUCAAAAUUAAGAACAAAAAAAGAAUAAAGGUUGCAUUUAACAGACGAGAAAGCAAAAAACGCGGUAGUGUAUAGUAGUAGUGUGAGGUGUUAGGUGCAGUUGAGUGGAGAGAAGAAUAAUAAUAGCGAGGAAUGGCAUUGGCCCUGGGAUGGCCUUCUCUGCAGUUGCAUCUUCAUUCACACUGCUGCUUCUCAUUCUCAUAUUACUAUUCUUCUUCGUAAAUUUACCAUCUUCUCCUUCUCUCUUCUCCACCUCCACCGCCACCGUCAUCACACGUAGGUCUCUUCUAACCACCACGUGUUCCGCUGACGAGGGAUCCAAUGGCGGGAUCCUCAACUACCUCUACAUCCACAACUGCCUAUUCCGCCGCAACGCCCUCCUCUCCAUCCCCGCCCUCUCGAUGCUCCUCCUCCUCCAAUUCUACAUCCUCAUCAAGACCGCGCAGCACCACUUCUCCGUCGUCACCACCAAGCUUGCCUCUCACCUCAAUCUCUCCCCCUCCAUGGCCGCCGUCACCCUCCUAGCACUCGGCAACGGCUCCCCCGACGUCUUCUCCUCCCUCGCCGCCCUCCGCUCCGGCCAGUACCGCACCGGAUUCGGCGCCAUCCUCUCCGCCGGUACCUUCGUCUCCGCCCUCGUUGUCGGAUUCGUUGCCAUCUACGCUGCUCCGUUCUCCCUCGACCCCGCGCCCUUCGUCAGAGACGUGCUCUUCUACUUGACGGCAGCGAUGUUCCUCUUCUACGUGUAUCUUAGCGCUGAGAUCUUCCUGUGGCAGGCGAUUGGAUUCGUAGGGUUUUAUGCAUUCUUCGUUGGUCUCGUGUUCUAUAUGGACUUGGGAGUAGGUGAUGGCAGAGGCAAGAGUGGGAAUUCUUCCACAGAUCUUGAGGAGCAGAAGGAAUUAGUUGCGGUGCACGUUGACUCCGACGCCAAGGUUUCGGGAUCUAUGAACGACGAGAAGCGCAGUUCUGGAUUCCCGGGAGCUUAUGGAUUGAUUUCUAAAGCAUGGGAGAUUCCUGUUGCAACUCUCUUAAAACUGUCGAUCCCCGAGCCAGUGCCGUCGCAAUGGAGCAGACUUUACUCGUCGGCCAACAUCGCUCUUUGUCCGAUAGCCCUCUUAUAUGCCUGCAAAUCAUUUGUGCCAUUUGAUCAUCCCAUAGCUUUCCUCCUCCCCAACACUGACUUGCCCCUCUGGUCAGUGGUGCUCACCACAAGCUUCUGCCUUGCAUGCCUUCAUUUAGUAAUGGAAAAAGAACCUCCCAAAACCGAGCAAAUACCUGUGGUUGUCAUGGCAUUUGUUAUGAGCGUGUUUUGGAUAUCUACCACAGCUGGAGAACUGGUGAACUGCCUUGAAACUUUAGGUCUAGUUCUCAAGCUACCACCGGCAAUCCUCGGUCUCACGGUGCUGGCAUGGGGAAAUUCAGUGGGGGAUCUCGUCGCCGAUGUUGCGGUAGCUAAAGCCGGUCAUCCGGUUAUGGCAAUGGCUGGAUGCUUUGCUGGACCAAUGUUUAACAUGCUUGUAGGUCUUGGAACAGCUCUGGUGAUUCAGACGGCAAAUAUUCACCCUAAAGCCUAUGUGCUUAAUUUCCACGGUUUACGGAUGUUGACAUGUGACCACUUAAUGUCGUUGGAUCCAUACAACCAAAUUGUAGAGGGAUAUUUAAGGGAGAUUAGAUUUUAUUACGUUUCUCAGAUUGGAGUCAUCCAGUUAGCAAUGAUUAAUGCUCUAAUUGAGAGAUGUCGGCUUGAGACUCACACAUUUCAUUUUUCGGUUGGUAAGUGUGUUGUGAUAUUGGAGGAUGUGGCGAUAAUUCUUGGUCUGUCGACAAAUGGUCUUUCGAUUACAAGACCGACCAUGAGUAGUUUUGAGGCCUUAAAGGCCGAAUGCUUACACCAGUUUGAAGUUGCAUCAAGAAUGACGGAUUGUAGAGGAAGCUUCAUAAUGUUGACGUGGUUUAGGAGUUUGAAAGAUCACUUAGUCUGUGAUUGAUGAUAUUCACAUUCAAAGGAAUGUAAAGUGUCACAUAAUGUUAUUAUUUGAUACAAUUUUGUUUGGAGACAAGUCGGGUGCAUCGGUGCACUGGAAAUUUCUGUCGUUGUUCUGUAAUUUCGUUGGGAUCAUACAAUUUAGUUGGGAAUCGGCAUGCCUCGCGCACUUGUAUAGAUCAUUGUAUAGGGUAACUCAUGUCGACUGCAAGGAGAUGGAUGGUCUACUGACACUUUUGCUUAAUUAGGCUUGGAUUCGUCUACUAUUUCUUGCAUCUAUUCCCGGCAAUCCUCAAGUGUUUCCGAUUGCAAACAGGUAAAAUGAAUUAAUGUAUGCCUUAAACAAGUAUAGGAAAUUGUAUUUUAUUUUUUACAAGAUAAGUUAACUAAGAAAUUGUCAAACAGCAGGUGGCGUAAUUGGGAUCAUGAAAACUCACUUUACAGAUUUUAUUCUCUUGCUCACUAUAGGAGGUUAUUGAAUGAUCUGGAAGAAGUACAUGUAUGUUGUAAAAAAUAAGUACCUGCUUUUGUUUGGUCAAUGAAUUAUUUGUUGUGUAAUCCUCUUAUACUUUCAAUGUGUCCAGUUUGUUUGACAGGCUUAUGGCGUUGAACACAUUGAGCCAAACGUGAUUCCUUUAGACAUCUAUUAGCAUUCAGUUAUUUGGAGUGCUACGGUGCUAUUUAUAUCUUUCGAAUGCGUUGAGUGGCAUGCAUCUGAUAGAUUUAGGAGGUAAUUUGGUUUGAUCCAGGGCGUUCUUCAUCAAGAGCGGGAUCUAGGUGAAGCACAUGGUAAAGUACUGACUUGACGUAAAAAUCAAGAUCGGUCCGACACCCACUUUUUUUGGGUGAUGCAAUGGACCAAUGGGUAUAGUCAUGCUCUUGCUGAUGACUUGGUGCCUUUACAUUAUCCUUUGAAAAUUUACAUGCAUUGAUACAGAGGAGCAUAUGGUGUCGACUUGCAAUUAUCAGAUCUCAAGAAAAAUGUUCUUGUUGUUGAUUCUCCUGAUUGUGCACUAGAGAGCCCUUUGAAUCUCUUGAAAAAUGAGGUCUGAUAAUUGCAAGUGGGAACCAUAUGAUCCUUGGUACUUAUGUGUGUAAAUUUCCAAAGAAUAAUGUAAAGGCACCAAGUCAUCAUCAAGAAUAUAACUAUACCGAUUGGUCCAUUGCAUCACCCAAAAAGAGUGUUGGACCAAUCUUGAUCCUUAGGUCCAAUCAGUACUUCGCCGUGUGCUGCACCUAUAUCUCGCUCUUGGUGAGGAACGCCCUGGAUCAAAUAGAAUUGCCUCCUGAAUCUAUCGGAUGCAUGCCACUCAACGCAUUCGAAAGAUAUAAGCGGCACUGUAGCACUUCAAAUAACCGAAUGCUGACGAAUGUCUAAAAGAAUCACGUCUGGCUUAAUGCGUUCAACGCCAUAAGUGUGCCAAACAAACUGGACACGUCGAACGUAUAAGAGGAUUACACAACAAAUAAUUCAUUGACCAAACAAAAACGGGUACUUGUUUUUUACAACAUACAUGUCCUUGUUGCAGAUCAUCCAACAACCUCCUAUAAUGAGCAAGAGAAUGAAAUCUGUGAGGCCGGUUUUCACGAUCCCAAUUACGCCACCUACUGUCAGAUAAUCUCUUAGUUAAUUUAUCUUGUAAAAAAUAAAAUACAAUUUCCUACACUUGUUCAAGACAUACAGUAAUUCAUUUUACCUGUUUGCAAUCAGAAACACUCAGGGAUUGCUCGAAAUUGGCACAAAAAAUAGUAGACGGAUCCAAGUCCAAGUAAGUAAAAAUGUCAACGGACCAUCCAUCUCCUCACAGUCGACACGAGUUGCCCUAUACAAUGAUCUAUACAAGUGCACGAGGCAUGCCGAUCCCCAACUAAAUUGUAUGAUCCUUGCGAAGUUACGGAGCAACAGCAAAAAUUUUCAGCACACCGUUGCACCCGACUUGUCUCCAAACAGAAUUAUCUCAAAUAAUAACAUUAUGUGAUGCUUUACGUACCUCUGAAUGUGAAUAUCAUCAGGCAAGACUAAGCAAUCUUUUAAAUCCUUAAACCACGUCAUCAAUUUUAUGAAGCUUUCUCUACAAUCCGUCUUUCUUGGUGCAACUCCAAACUGGUGCAAGAAUUUGAUCUCUAAAAUCUCAAAACUACUCAUGGUGGGUCCUAUAACCGGAAGACCAUUUGUCGGUAGACAAAAAAUUAUCGCAACAUCCUCCAAUGUCACAGCACACUCGCCAACCAAAAAAUAAAAUGUGUGAGUCUCAUGCUACCAUCUCUUGACUAGAGCAUUAAUCAUUGUUGACUGACAUUGGAUGACUCCAAUAUGGGAAAUGUGAUAAAAAUCAGUCUCCCAUAAAUGCCCCUCAACAAUUUGAUUGUACAGUGAUCACAUGUCAACAUUCGUAAACCCUACAAUAUCACAUUUUCAUUAUAAAUACCAAUAUAAUAUAAUUAUAUUAACAAUUACAUUAUUAAUUAUUUCAAACAUACAUACUACAUCUGUUA